AUGGUUUCAACGCGCCACCACCCCCGCGAGUACCAGUCGCCCUCCGCCACAAAGGCUUCCACGCCGUCCUCAUCCUCCGAAAACAACAGCGUCUCGUCCAAGAAAUGGGUCCACACGCCAACAACCGCCGUCACGCUUUGGCUGCUCUUCUCCAUCCCGCUCGUCCUCUGGGACGCGGCGUACGUGCUGCUGCGCCCGCACUCAAUGCCCGGCGGGAAAUGGCACGCGCUUUGGUCCGGGUACGCGUGGUACGGGAACGUCGACUACAUCUACGGCUGGCCUGCGUAUAAUGCGAAUAACGGCUUCACCGCUGCGCAAACCAUCCUGAACCUCGUCGAGACCGCUGGCUACCUGUACUAUCUGUAUGUUGUGUACGCUCACGGCGCGCCUGCGAGGGGCUCCUCCAAGUCGUCGCGUGGAUCUGAAAGUACGCUGUCGUGGCUUCUUGCCGUGGAUAAAGUCGUCGCGGGUCGCGUGGGUGCAACUGCAUUGCUGGCGGCCUUCAGUUCCUCGGUUGCGACAGUCUCAAAGACUCUGCUUUACUGGCUGCAGGAAUAUUUCUCAAACUUUGAGAACAUCGGCCAUAAUGAGUUUUGGCCUCUUGUCGCCUGGGUUCUCCUCAACGGUCUUUGGAUUGUGGUUCCUGCUUGGAAUCUCCACGUUCUUGGGGAGGAGAUUGUGUCUUCUCUAACAAACGCGGCUCCUCGCUCGCGCGGUCGACCUAAGGCGCAGUAA